ACCCCUGUCGUGUAGGUACCUAUAUUGUUGUUCGAAUUGUAUUAUUUAUUUUUAUUUAGCAUCGAAAACAAGAAAUUAGUGAAACUGUAUUGUACAAGAGUUAUAAAAUACAAUGGAUGUAGAUGACUCGGCGGUGGAUCUUAGUGUAAGAUCCCUGCCGCCUGAACUCAGUGAACUCAGAGCUCUGACGGCUAGCGGUUUGACCAUUACACCGGCUCAGCCACCUCCUCAUAUUGAUAGAGGCUCGAGUGGGAAGCGGGUGCUCCGCCCGCGAUCUGAUCAACGUAGCUAUGCCGAGAGUCCCGACAUAGUGCUCCUGCCGGCCGCGCCGCCACAUCGGAAGCCCUCAUUGGCUGCACCUGCACCAUUUACUGAUGUGAGCAGCAAACUCAACUCUGGUGCAGUGAAUGUGUCAAUCACAGCUAGUGCAGUGCCCACGGUUUUGCCUGCAGUGGAAUCGCCGCGGGAUCCGCAGGAUGACGAAGAGUCGGACGAUGAGAAUGACCCGCCUUUGCCUAUACCAGGACAUAGGGAGUUGUCAAGUGCAGAAAUAUGGGAGCGCGAGCGAAGACUACGGGCUCUAAGAGAAAAGCUACGCGCGGAAGAGACGCGUCUAGUGCUGUUGAGGAAGCUGCGGCAGUCCCAGCAAGCCGCGACCCUUCCUCCCGCUAAGGAUGGCAGCGCUGCCUCGGCGGCGGGCACGGCGCUGGCAGGCAGCGGCUGCGUGGUGCCGCCCGGCGUCACCGUCACGCCCGCGCCGCCGCCCGCGCACCAGCACGCCAAGCAGCGCACGGGCGGCGUGGGCGCCAGCUUGGCGGCAGGCAAUGCAGCGCGGCGCACCGCCAGCCUGCCCGGCGGCGCCACGCUCACGCCCGGCUCCUACCGCACGCAGACAAUGUCUGGAGGCGGCGCCAGUAUCACGCCGUCGGUCACAAUAACGCCCGCGCCGCCGCCCGCCAACCACGCCGCGCCCAAGCCUGCCCAGGAUAACUCGUCAGUGACCAGCAGUACCAGCGAUGCAGCCAGCUCCCGUAGCUCGGAGGACACGCAGACGCCGGCGCAGCGCCAGGCCGCCGCCAAGCUCGCGCUGCGCAAACAGCUAGAGAAAACAUUGCUGCAGAUCCCGCCCCCUAAGCCUCCCCCGCCAGAGAUGAACUUCAUCCCGUCGCCCAGCAACACGGACUUCGUUUACUUGGUCGGACUGGAGCAUGUCGUCGACUACCUCACUAACGAAGAUCGUAUGCCUCGAUCGAGCGUGCCCGCAGUUUGCGCACAAUGCGGCAGCGACUUCACGCCGGUGUGGCGCUGGGAGCGACAACCGGCGCGUAGACAAGACGCUACGUUCUCCUGCAACCCAUUAACGCCUCACGCACGCCGUCUAUGCGAGCUAUGCGUGUCGGGGAACGUGAAGAGAGCGCUCAAGGCGGAGCACACGGCGCGCUUGAAGACGGCGUUCGUGCGCGCGCUGCAGCAGGAGCAGGAGAUCGAGCGGCGGCUGGCGGCGCCGUCCCCGCCGCCCGCGCCCUCGUCCACUUCCGCGUCCGCGUCCGCGUCCAGCGUGCCCGCGUCCCCGGCGCCCGCCGCGCCCAGCGCGCCCGCGCCGCCGCCUGCGCACGCGCACCACCACCGCACGCCGCAGAUGACGCUGUCGCGCUCCACGUCGCGCAGCAGCGCCGCGCCCACGCCGCCCGCGCCGCCGCCCGCCAAGCCCGCACCGCCCGCCAACAGCAGCAGCAGCCGCAACCUGAGCGCGUCGGAGGCGCUGCGCGGCCACCACGCGGAGCGCGCGCGCGACCCCGAGCCGCCAGCGAAGAAAGGUAAAGGGUCAUCGUCAACAACCAGCAGUCAAGGAAGCAGCAGCAAACAGCAUCAGCAACUGGCGGCGGCCGCGGCGGCGCAGAUGGCCUUCGAGCAGCAGAGCGCGGCCGCCAUGCAGGCGUUACAGCACCAGCUGCUUAGAGGUCUGAGCGGCGCGGGCGGCAGCGGUGGCAUGUCGCCGGCGGCGGCUGCGGCCGCUAUGAUGCAGUUCUCCCCACUGCUCUACACCUACCAGUUAGCUCUGGCGCAACAAGCCAACGCGCUGGGCAAACGAUCGGGCAAGAACAGCGGCGGCAGCGCCGCGAUGGCCGCGGAGAUGCAGCGCGUGGCGGAGGCGCAGCGCCAGUACCUGCUGGACAUGAUCCCCGGCCAGCACACGCGCAACCCCUGGACCAAGAACUGAGACCACUGACAAGCGCAGGUGCUGCGUCUGAGAGUAUAAACAAGAGCAUUUGGAGAGUUAGUUAAGUUUUAUUUUACGGUAUAUCUAAUAUAGAUAGGAAUAAAAAAACGAUUUGACGAAUAAGGCCUCCGUCCACUACAUCGAACCGCACUAUUAGGAUCUAAUAAUAUUCGAAAAUUGAUUAUUUUGAUUUCUCCCAAGUCAAAGUUUUUAGACUAAUUUUGUCCUAUUUCCUCGAAAUAUUCAUCCAAUAGAUGCAUGUUUUGACAGCUGCUUUACCAGCUUGGUAAGCUUUCGAGAUGAACUGAUCGGAUAUUAUCGAUUGCGGAAAAUAAAAUACUUGAAGGCCGGCGACCGCUUUUUUUACAACGCUGUAAAGCCGGUGAUUUAAGUCAGUUUCUCCUUUAUUUGGCUAUAAUAUAUAUAUUUAUAAAAUAUUAACAGUCUGAGAGGAAGUUAUUUCAAACAUCUUUGGGAGGAGGGAACACUUCCGUUUCAGUUGCAGUAGUACCACUUUUAUAAGUCGCAUCAGCAAAAUUCGUUUGCGCAGGACAGAGCAACCUAACGCCGUUUAAAACAAAAUGUACACCAAUUAAAUACAGACCUUAUUGCUUGACAUUAGAUUUUAAACACAAGUACCUACAUCAGAGACGUGCUAUCUCGCUCGUACAAAAUAUGGCGCGUAGGCAACAACCAAUAGCAGACAGACUCGUGCUAUGAUUGGCUGAAAUAUUAUAGCGCCAUUCUAAAAUAAGAUUUCUGCGCAGGUACAUCGGCGUGACUUGUGAGUGAUGCUACUGUACUUAGCCUUUUUCAUUGUUUAUAUCUAUUUACAUACAUUUUCCUGUCUUCUAACGCCGGUAAAGAUGUUUCACUUCAAUAAAGUCAGAGCGGUCGAUGGAGUGGUGGGAGAUGUUAAGGCUGGUAUUCACGCUAAGAAUUUUUCAGCACAAAGCUAUCGUUACGUAAUUUACGGCACAAUGUAUGGUAGCCGAGCGCGUGGGGAAAUACAAUUUCCAGACAUAAACGUACCUAUAGAAUUCUUAACGUGGAAUCAACCCUUAAGGUGAAUCGUUACAUUAGACGCCUCAUUCAGAUUUAAUUGUAUGUUAUUUUUACCUGUUGAUCUACUUUAGAUUUUCUAUCCAUACUUCCAUAUUUAUUACAUUCUAAUAUUUUAGAUGCUAAAUAUAUGUCAUCACGAUGUAAACCGCUGAAUCGAUUGCAUGCAUAGAGAUAGCUUGCAUCCUAGAUGAAAAAUAUCUAUUAUUUUCAUCUCAGAAUACGAAUAAUUUUGAAAAAACUAUUGGAAUAUUAUAUUAAGUCGAAUUUCAAUUGAUCAUAUUAUGAUCGAAUGAAAUUAAACUGGUUAACCCUUUGGCCUUAAUUUUUAGUUUCCUUAAAAGGCUAUAAAGAAAUAAUAAUAAUAAUAAAUGGGUUGGUAAAUAUUACUAUUAUAUUUGUUACGAUUCAUCUUAAACUUAACAUAGCGAUUAGUGUACGAGAUUUUUCGGGUUUGGUUAAAUGAAAGCUAGUUGUAUGAAUUUGUCUUUUUUUGUCGCGUUUUAAAUAAUUAUAAUUAUAAUAGAGCACAAGAUACGUAAUUUUAGCAAAAUGAAAUUAGCUAUAAGAAAAUAGUAAGGCUACGUUCCAGUGAAGUAUUUAUCUGUGUAUAGUAUAUGAAGUUUUAUCGAAUAAAUCUGUACACAAUUGAUUGAAUAUGCGAUGUAACCGUGUGUCACACAAGUCAUAAUAUAAUUAGUAUAUUGCCUCUACACCAUUCGAUAAAAACUCUUAUACGAUAUACGGGAUAUUAUGUGAACACAGCCCUAGUGUAGUGUUGAUAAGAUCAAUUUCGUCAUUUUGUAUGUGGAUUUCUAAGUACUUCAAUAAAUACAGUACGCAGU